AUGUCUAACGAACAGACUUUCAUUGCUAUCAAGCCCGAUGGUGUCCAGCGUGGCCUCGUUGGACCCAUCAUCUCUCGCUUCGAGUCCCGUGGCUUCAAGCUCGCCGCUUUGAAGUUGGUCUCCCCUCCUCGUGAGCUCCUGGAGAAGCACUAUGCCGACCUCUCCGAGAAGCCCUUCUUCCCCGGUCUCGUUGCCUACAUGUUGAGCGGACCCAUCGUUGCCAUGGUCUGGGAAGGCCGUGACGCCGUCAAGACCGGUCGUACCAUCCUCGGUGCCACCAACCCUCUUGCUUCCGCCCCUGGCACCAUCCGUGGUGACUACGCCAUUGACGUCGGCCGCAACGUCUGCCACGGUUCCGACAGCGUCGAGAACGCCAAGAAGGAAAUUGCUCUCUGGUUCAAGGAGGAUGAGGUCAUCAACUACAAGCACAGCCAGUUCGACUGGAUCUACGAGAAGGCUUAA